AUGUGCCUUUAUGUUAUCGACAAUGRUKGUCCUCCAUUAAUAGGUCGAAAUGAUAUAAAAAAUAUAAAAUGUUUUACCUUGUUUAGUAUUGAAAAUGACGUAAGUGUCGAUAGUAUUAUAAAAAAAUAUAACAAUGUUUUUAAAGAUAAAAUAGGCACUUUUAACAAAUACGAAAUUUCAUUAAAUAUCAAAGCGGGAGAAGUACCUACAUUUUACAAACAUAGGUAUAUUCCUUUAGCAUUAAAGGGAAAAGUUGAAACCGAAAUUGAGCGUUUAAUCAAAAGCAACAUUUUAGUUCCCGUCGACCACAGCGAAUGGACAACUCCAAUAGUACCAAUAUUAAAAACAGACGGCAUGGUUAGAAUUUGCGGUGAUUUUAAAAUAACAAUAAAUCCGGUAUUAAAAGGGACUGAAUACCCUCUUCCAAAAAUAGAACAUCUAUAUGCAAAUAUUAGUGGUUCAAAAUAUUUUUCGAAAAUAGAKUUAAAAGACGCAUACCAACAAAUGAUUAUUAAAGAAUCUGAUCGCAAAUAUACCACUAUUAACACACAUAMAGGUUUAUUUAGCUAUACACGUAACCCUUUUGGAAUAAAGUCGUCAGCAKGGGAGUUUCAAAAAGCUAUGGAAACUUCCACAGCAGGUCUUGAGGGCAUAGGUUUAUUCCAAGACGACAUUAUUGUUGCAGGUUCCACUAUCACAGAGCACAAUGCUCGUUUAGACAAAUUACUAAAUAUAUUGUCAAAUGCAGGUUUAAGAGUAAAGUUGAAUAAAUGCAAAUUUAUGUAA